AUGGAGAUACCCGACCUGGAUCCCGCUGUCCACCUGCAUGCCCUGAAAGCCGGACUCCAACCCAGAAAAUUUAGAGAAACAAUCGCGGUAACUAAGCCAAAGACACUGGAAGAAUUCCGAGAAAUGGUAGCAGAACAGAUGGAGAUUGAAGAGCUCCACGAAGCCGAAAGAACAGAGAGAAAACAACCAAAGAGAGAGGAUGACAGAGCCACAAGGUCGGUAAAUAUCAAAGACUCUAGAAAGCCCUUCAAACUAACCCCAAAAUUUGACAACUACACAAAAUUCAACACAAAGAGGGAAAAGAUAAUUAAAGAAAUCCUCAGUGCUAAGAUCAUAAAACCACCUACAAGGGUAGGAAAGUAUCAAGAUCAGGGCUUUGUUGACAAAAGCAAACACUGCGCUUUCCAUCAGAAGUAUGGACAUACAACUGAUGAGUGUGUGAUAGCUAAAGAUCUACUAGAAAGACUGGCUCGGCAAGGCCUCCUCGACAAAUACAUCGAAGGGAAAAAGCAUAAAGAAGGUAACAAGGACCGAGAAGAGCAUCACCAAGCUCCAGGCACAAGGUCGAACAACACUCCACCCAAAAGCAUCAUAAACUGUAUAUCCAGAGGAUUCGCUGGGGGAGGUGAGACAACUUCGGCGCGAAAACAAAGUUACCGCGCGAUGUUGGCAAUCGAAGGAACAACACCACAAAACAACAAAAGUGCGCCCGACUUCAAUAUCACUUUCAGCCAGGAAGAUAUAUGCUUGACGGCACCAAACCUAGACGACCCAGUGGUAAUUUCUAUCCAAACAGGCGAAUUACUGGUAAGAAAAGUACUUUUGGACCCAGGUAGCAGUGUAGAUGUUCUUUUUUACUCUACUUUCCUAAAAAUAAAACUAUCUGAAAAACUCAUGCAACCUUCAUCUGGAGAACUGGUAGGGUUCUCCAGAGAAAGGGUCCCAUUUAAAGGGUACAUAUGGUUAAAAACAAUGAUGGGAGAGGGCUCAUUGUCACAAACCAUUGAUAUGCAAUACCUAGUAGUUGACUACCCAAGCCCUUACAAUAUCAUUCUCAGAAGACCUACUCUGAACAUGUUCAGGGCAGUAGUAUCUACUUUUCAUCUAUGUGUUAAAUUUCAGGCACAGGACGGCAGAAUAGCUACACUCCACUCAGAUCACCAACAAGCUCGGCAAUGCUAUAACGCAAGCCUGAAAAGGUUGAUCGUAAGAUAG